AUGGAAAAAGUAUUUGAGAAUCUAGAGUGUUCAAACGCUGCCAAAUUUAAGUUUGUUGUUUCACUAUUAGAAAAAGAUUCUUAUGACUGGUGGGUAAGUGUAUCAAAUGCCAAGGAAAAACCUCCUGUUCUUACAUGGAAUGAUUUCGUGAAAAAAUUUCACAUGAAGUAUGUCCCGCCUGCUUAUCAUGAUGCAAAGAAAAUAGAGUUCUUGAAUCUAGAGCAAGAAAGAUCGACAAGGAACAAGCCAGUAGAAGUGAAAAUAAGUUCAGAAAAGCUGAUGCAAAUUCAGGAGAUCUAUCUAAAAGGGAAAGGUUUAAUAAUUCCAAAGCUUGCAAUGUUUACAAGUCAGCCCAGCAUAAGCAAAAUUGAUCAAAUUUCUCUACUGCUAGCAUUCCAAGCUAUGGACAAGGCAAAACUCGUAUACCCAUUUGCACCCAAUGUGGAAAGAAUCAAUAUGAAAAGGGAAGUUGAAUUUCCUAUGGAGGUUAUCCCUGGUACUACUCCUAUUUUUAUAACUCCUUAUGGAAUGGCUCCAGCAAAAUUGAAGGAGUUGAAAAUUCAAUUGCAAGAACUUCUUGAGAAAGAUUUCAUUCGCCCAAGUGUUUCCCCUUGGGGAGCUUCUGGUUUGUUCGUGAAAAAGAAAGAUGACACUUUUAGGCUUUGUAUUGAUUACCGACAAUUGAACAAGGUAACAAUUAAAAAUAGAUAUCCACUUCCUAGGAUUGAUAAUUUAUUUAACCAGCUAAAGGGUGCUAGGUUGUUCUUAAAAAUUGACUUGAGGUCUAGGUAUUACCAACUGCGGGUAUGUGAACAAGAUGUCCCUAAAACUCCCUUUAGGACUCGAUAUGGUCAUUAUGAAUUCUUGGUGAUCCUAUUCGGGUUGAAAAAUGGUUUUGGGACAUUCAUAGAUCUGUUGAAUCGCGUGUUUAAGCCUUAUUGUCAUGACCCAACCCAAUAG